AUGUCAGAGCCAGACAACAAACCUGGCUCUGAAUCCAACAUACAUCGAAUCCAAGAGCGAUGGGACAGUCUGAAUGAGAUGUUCCAAAACACCGACCCCGAGCCUACAGAGCCUGUCGGCUCUGCCGAUGACCUGGAGGCGGAAAUUCGUCAAGCUCAGGCUCAAUUGUCCAGACUGAAGAAGCAGCGUGAGCUCAUUGAUAUCAAACAAAAGGUUGCAGAGGAGGAGAGAGAAUUGGAACUGGCUCGCACUCGACUAUUGGCUGUGACCCAACUGGAACUUCCCCCGGUUACCCCUGCUUCAACUCCGUCCAGGACCGAGCCGAAGCAGAAUAGCAAGGCUGGUAUUGAUGGAGCCCAAAAGAAGACUGUUGCUGCCCGAUCUGAGCAGAUUACCGCUCCAGCAUCUCUGACCCAAGCUGCUGAUCGUCGCCCUUCCGAGGCUAAGCCAACCGAACCCAACCCUUCACCUAAACGCGCAAACAACCUCGUGUCCGGUUUGAACCUCGAGCAAUUGCGAGCUCUUGCAGCAGCUACCAGGUCCCCCGCCGCACAAACAGUUGUCAAGACUGAAUCCCGUUCCAGUCUGCAACCUUCCGCCCGAUCUUUUCAUCCCGAAACAUCCGUCCAUGCCCCACCGGUGCCCAAUGUGCCGGUAUACAACGGACGAGCUCUGGGAGAGUUCAAGAACUUCUCUAUGGGUCUAGAGCGACACUUCGAUAAAUAUCCGGAGUGGUACAAGAUCGAUGAGCGCAAGGUCACGCGGGCGCUUAAGCACGCUGCCCUUAAUAUCGAGGAUGAGUGGAAGCGACACAUACGUCACCUACCCGCCGAAAAGGUCACCUACGCCAGUUUCUGUACCUUCCUUAUUCACCAGCUCCAGAACGGAGUCUAUCCGGAUGUCGCCCGGUCGCGCUAUAUGGAUAGCUAUCAGCGACCGGCUCAAUCGGUGACUGAUUUCUCCAACUGGAUGCAGCAGUGGGUGCCACAUUUCCCGAAUAACGACUCGGAGCGUGACCGCAUGCGCCAUCUCUUUGAGCAUCUGAUGAACAGGGUUCGCAACGAGGCUGAUAAGACUCAUCUGGACUUCGAUAACUAUUACGAUUUUGUCGAAUAUCUCCAGCGGGUCGAGGAUUCCAUUGGUAGCCGCGCCGAAUCUCUUGGUCGCCGGGUUAUCAACCCUCGAAAGCGACCUCGCAGCGACUAA